UUAAUUUAGUUACAGCAAAGUGGAGGAACUGUGGAAGAAAUUGGCCAACAGCGAUUUAUAUGAAUUUUUUAAAUGAUACAGUGAGAAAAUAAAUGAAGAAUGCCCUUUGCUGAGGAAGUUUAUCUUUCGGGUAGUUAAAAACUUGGUAGCAAAGAGUGGCGCCUGAAAGUGUUGUUCAGAGCAACACUGCAGAAAGUAGGCAGCUCUGUACUUUGAAACUCUGGGGCGGUGUGUAAAACAAGGUUCCUGGAAAAGCAAGAAAUAGCAACACAAGUAAACUCAGGGCUUACAGUUAUACAGAGUAAAAUAUAUCUCACAUUAAAUGAUGUAAAACACAAUCAUUAUACCAAUCAUGAGAGUUUAUUCUUAUUUUGAACUAGGACAUAGCUCACUUAUUCUUUAUAUAUCUACCUUGGAAAAUACUUUUCGUUUUGCUUUUUUGACAGAAGAGAAACGGAGGCUUCGUGCAGCCUAGUGAUCUCCCAGAUAAUGUGAUGGAGGCUUGAAGCACCAUCUUCCAAGUCCAAGGUUAAGGCUUUUUGCAACUACACAAAGUUUAACAGAUAUGAUAUUUGUUCUCAUAAUGAGUCAGUUUUGAAAACUAUUUCUGAUUUUCUAAAUAAUGCAAUUUUAUUUUUCUAAUAGAUGUGGGUAUAGUAUAGCGGGAAAUUUUAUAAAUACAUAUAUGUGUAAUAUAUGUAUAUAUAUGCAUAUAUAUGUAUAUAUACUAAUUCAGAAUUUUAUAUAGUCAGCCAAAUAAAUGUGUUUUCUCAGAUUAAAAUGGUACCUCCCUCUUCAUCAGAACUACAGUCAGAUAUAGAAAGCUCUACAAUGGUAGCCUCCAGGUUUGAAGAAGUCUUUGAGUAUAUCAUUCAUCUCUUCCUAAAAUGGCUUACAUCUUUAUAUCACCCCCAAAGCUUUCUUUAAAAAAAGCGUCUCCCUCACUUAUUCUUCCCCAGUGCUGUUGCAGAAUGUUUGCUUCAGGUUUUUGCCAGCUUCCCUUUGGAACAGAGAGCAACUGCUUAACAAAUGGCAGGUUUAUGUAAGAGGAAAUCUCCAUGGUUUAACGUGCAUUUGUUUCCUGUCAGUAUGUACCUUCUGUUUCUGUUCACGCAUAAUCAUCUUGUAACCUGCAUGGAAAGGCAAAGAAACCAAGGCUUGGGGAAAUGGAUAUUCAAGCAAUUAUUUCCACACUGAUUUUCCAAUUCUUGGCCCAAAAAGUUUUCCAUGAGACAGGGGACGCCAGUUGGUACCUGGGGCUGUGCUAUACAGAAGGCUGGAUAUAAAAAUGAUGUUGCAAAGCCCUUGUAAAAUCAGGACAUUGUCCAAAGAGCUGCAUCAUCACUUGCAUGAGGUCUCUCCUCUGGAGAAAAAAACUAUUUCAGGGCACUAAAGUACAUUACCUAUAACUAAAUUGUUAUAUUUACCUAAUGAGUGUAUACUUGUCUAUGUGACUCCGUUAGACUGAGAGUGUGGACAGAAUAGGCACUCAAUAUAUUCAUCAAAGUCCUGCCACAUGUUUCGUGUUUUCUACAAAUGAUUACUAAAUGAAUGGAUGAAUUAUAUACUGUAGUGUCAUGUUUCAAAAUCAGAAGGGUAUGUAUUUCAAUGUCAUAGAUUCACAUGAAUCAAGCCACAUUCACGAAAAGGGUACCAUGCGUUAGAAGUAUUUUAUACUCAUGAGAGAAAUGAAGUUACCUCUCCAGUGUGCUCACCAUGGACUUGUUUGCAAAGGCUCUCAUCUUAGAAGACAGAAUUUAUGUCUCUCUACCUGCUGGGGUAGCUUACUCAUGAAGUCAACAAGCAUGUUUUGAGCAGAUACCAGGAGGAGAGAAAACUAAAACUGAGACACUUAGAUCUAGUCCAGAGACAAACAUGUAGAUAGCUUUAUCACGUUAAGGGAUACUGUUAGAAAACCAAGAAAGAGAAGGGGGGAAAAGAAGUCAUGGAUGUCAUCUUUUCAUAGGCAAGUUGGAAAUCUGAACUGACCUGAUAGGACAAUGAGGAUUGAAAAAGAAGGGAGCAUUUCAGAAAAGAAUCAAUAUGAUUUGGGGAAUUACUGUGUUUGGGGAUGGUAAAGCAUGCAGUAGCUAAAGAUGGUUUCAAAAUAUAUAGCCAAGAUGAGAUCGUUGAACAAUUUCCUAAGGAUAAAGGAUCGUACAGGAGAAAUUUCCUGGGAGAUUAUUCCUGGGUGAAUUUGAUAUCUGGGGUGAGGUGGGGUGGCGUUUACAAAUUGCACUAACUGCUUAUUCGGCUCAUUUAAAAAUUCUAAAUUCACGAGGGUGGGCAGGGUUUAGUGAUUUACUUCCAAAAAAUAGAGUAUGGAAAAGGACAAAUAACUUGACAGGGGAGAAACCCUGCACACAAUACCUUAGAGAGUGCUGAGGUCACGCUGACAUCCUGGACCGCCUGCAUGAUGUGAUGAGAACACACUACACCUCCACGGCAUUAUUUCCCCAGACCCAUAAUUAGUGUUCAAUCAUGAGAAAACACCAGACAAACCAAAAUCGAGAGACAAAAUACUUGACCAUUACACCUCAGGGUCAUAAAAAGCACAAAAAGACUGAGGACCUAUCACAGAGCACAGGUGAUACACUCCCUAAAGCCAAUGCAGUAUCCUAGGUGGGAUCCUGAACCAGAAACAAGGAUGUUUAUUGUAAAAAAACUGAUAAAGUAUGAAUAAAUUCUGGAGUGUAGUUAAUAGCAAUGUAUCAGUGUUGGUUUCUUCCUUUUGAUAAGCGUUCCAAGGUAAUGUGAUAACUUUAGGGGAAAUGGACUCUGUUCAGAUUUAUGAUGCAAUUUUCCUCUGUUUUGAAGGCUGGCUGCUGCUGGGACUGUGUGAUGCAAAGAUAAUAUCGUUAGCAACAACAACUCAGAAUUCUAAAGCACGUUCACAUACACUGACUCAUUAUGUGACAACAUUAUGAGGCUGGUCGAACAGGAAUCUUUAUGCCCAGUUUAUAAAUGAGCCAAUAGUGGCUCAAAACUGAACUUAUCCAAGAUCAAAAUUUUCAGAGCCUUGGGCUUAAAGAAUGAUCUUGUGAUUCAGGAUCCCGUGUUAUUUUUCCCUUUCACCAAGUAGUAGAAAGACAGGCCAAUCAAUGUACAGUGUGCGUGUGCAGAUGGGGGAGGGUACAAGAAACAUGGAGAGAGCGUGUUAAAGGAUUUGAAAGGGCAGUCAAAUUUCAAUUGAAAUGAAAACCCCAUUGAGGAUUGAAGGCCUAAGAAUAACUAAUGAGCUGACUUUCUGUUUUUUGAAGCUCACAGGUUUGUUUUCUGUCUCUAUACGACCCUAACCCUAUGGAUUGGUGGUAAUUUCUCAGUGAAAAUAACCUUAGGAUCACAGUUUUGUGAGUCUGAAAAAUUAUUGUACUUUGGAGCCCUGGAACCCCAUUUACUAUUCCUUUGCUUUCUUUGACCCCAUCAUCACGUAUUUCUAAAGCUGACUCAUAGAUCAUGUGGAUAAGAAAUUUGUUACAGAGAUUACGUUCAUACAUUUGGUGUGAUAUUGUCCCAUACUUAAUUUUCCUUGUCCUGAUUACAAUAAUCUCACCAACAGUCUUGAAGAGGGAGCACAUCCACACGACACUGUUUUCUUAUCAUUUGGAAACAGCACUGAUAAAAUGCAAAUUCUGUACAUCUGCAACCAUCCCCUCUUCCUUUUUCAGUCUUCUUCAUUUUUCCGGGAGCAUAAAUCAGAAAGUUAAACCUGUACAGGGUUCUGUUUUGCCUUUAAUAAAAAACGUAUUCUUAAAGAUGACAUAAUUAUACUGCUAUCUUAUAUCAAGGUAUCAAAGGUGUCAUGUGGAUACUUAUGUAACUGACACCACACAGGAAGAUGGAUGUUUAAAACCAGGUAGAUGAGUAUUUGUCCUCAAAUGUGGUCUUUCGUGUUGAUUCUGCAGCCUGACAAGCUAUCCCUAUGCUUUGCUGCCCCCUUGGCAAACUAGAAGGAUUUACAACGGAAUUCUGCACCGGCCGGCUGGAAUCAGCUUCCCCGCAGCCUCUGUGGGCUGGCCUGGCUGGGGAGGCUUUGGAAAUGGCAAUUGCAGAUUCUCAUUGGCUUGGGUAUGUUGCAGAGAGAAAUUAGAAGAACAUCUUUCUCGUGGAGAAACACAUUUUCUCUUUUUGAAAUAACUCAGUUUCUGCAAGAUCCACGUGUUACUCUCUGAUUUAUUAUUAAAGGCUCAGUAUUUCUUCUUUUCUUUCUUCCUCUGGAGAAAGAAGGGAUGGUUGAAGACGUCUGAGUUUGCGCGCUCUGGGCGACGGACGCUCUUGGCUCAUUUGGGUGUGACGGUGAUGGCUAAAGCGUUCUGCUGUCAGUUCAGUUUUCUCUUGUCUAAACUUACUUACAUCCGCAUCCUCGAAAAGGCUCAUCUCCAACUCCAGUUAACUUCUUGGGAGCCCAGAGCACUUAGACGAAGCUGCUACAAAAUGCAAGGCAUCUGGGUGGCAGAGGUGGCCGCUCCUGUAUUCUCUCUGUCUCUCUCUUUUUUUUUUUAACAGCUCCCAAAGGAGCCGGGGAAAUAAUGCCAAUCAAAAUCUAGGCGCUUAAAGCUGACCUGCUGUUUUCACUGUUGAAACGCGUACAUUUUCUGCAUCGUCAUUCGUGUUUGUGGUUCCCCUGUUUAUGUCAUUCUAAGGCUCUGGGCCCCCCUCUCCCCCCACCUUUCUGUCUCCCUAUUAACAUCUCAAACUCCCUCAGACCUGACCCCUCUCCGUUUUCCUGUGUUUUAGUCUUAUUUGAACACGUGGUCAUUUGGCUUAUGCGGGCCCUGGGUGCACGGGUGGGAGACUGCUUUCCUUGCCAUUUCGUUUACAUUUGGCGUGGGUGGGUUCCUUACCCAGUUGGUCUCCUACACAGGCACAACAGUUAAAAGCUAGAGUUAGAACAAGCAGAGAGUUCCACAUAUUCACAGAGCUGCUAGGAAAGGAAAUAAUAAUACGGGGGACAGGAAGGGGGGGAAGAAAUAAAGGAAUAAACCCCAACUUCCCUGGCAACUUCAACAAAUCUGGUAACUGGAGGCAAAAAAUAGAUUCUGAGCGAGGGCUGGGUCUGGUCCGGAUGAAAUGCUAGGGCUCCUUCCCGUGCCGGAGUCUGGCGCUGGAAGCCUGCCACUGGCGUCUUGCCACGCGAGUGCCCCCAGACAGCAACACACCCACUGGAAACGCACGUGAACAAAGCUCUCGCCCCGGGAGCCGCUGCCUGCGGUUUCCUAGUCGAUUCCAGCUUCUCCAGGGAGUGUAGGGCGCACACAGGGUUAAGUUAGUUCCCUCCCCUGUAGGAGGGAGAUGAGGGGGAGGGGGAAAGUAGCUUACAGUCUCGAGCAGGGUACCUUGUAGUUAGUUGUACGUUCGAAACCUGUCGCCGUCACUUGCGAUUUUGGCAUCUUCCAUUGUCAGCACAGAGGAACUGAGCGCUGGGAGAUAACAUCAGUAGCCGAAAUCGCCGCGCGGAGGAGCCGAGCAGCUACCGCGUGGGGUGCGUCUCUGGCCCUCGGUCCCGGUUGUCAAGCAGCAGCGAGGCGGCUGCUCCAGGGCUGCCACCGUGUCCACCCAGCUCCGGGACCAAGUUGGCAGUUCUCAACGAUGGGCAGGAGGGACCUCGGCGGCGACCCCUAAAACAAUACCAUGCCCCGGGAGCCCCGCUGCUGCCGCGCCAGCUUUUUCCCUUUCCACCUCCCUGACCCUGUCGGAUUUGGAUGAGCCCAUUGCAAGGAGACACGCCGCCAGGCGGAGGCGGCGGAGGACUGGGGAAGACGAUGCCGCGACUCCGUAGGGGAGAAAGGCGAGAGCGAGAGAGGCAAGCGGGGCGCCCGGGCACCGGCCGGCUACCGGGAGGCGCGCGCCGCUCUGAGGCUUCGGCCUCCGCACCUCCGCGCCCCGACGCAGCGGGCGACAGGGCCGGGCUCCGGCAGCAGCCACCGUCGCCGCCCCCGCCCCCCCGGAGGACCGAGCAAAAGUUUGGAUUUGGGGGAGGACGCGGCGCUGAGCGGGAUUACCUCCGGGGCUGGAAGGAGACCUCGAGAACCUUCGCAGAUUGCACACUGAGCUAAACCAAGAAGUUCAUAGGCAGAUCAACACCGACCUGAUCGACGACAGAAGAAGGGAGUUCUGCCUGCCCCGCUGGGCCCGUUGACCACUGAGAACUUGGCUCCAUUUAUUGCCUGUGUGGAAAAUUCUCUCUAUUGAAUUUUUGCUUUUCUCUUUUUUUGCACAUGGAAGACAAUAACAAGGAGGGCAGCACAGGCUGAUAAGACCAGAGACCGCAGGAAGAUUCUUGACUGUGGGCCUUUGGGACUUUUCCUCUAGCUGGAGUUCUGGACUUUGACAGAACCCCAUCCAGUCAUUUUGGUUUUGCGAUCUAUUUUUUCCUUUUUUUUUCUUUUCCCCGCCACAUUGUAUUUUAUUUCUGUACAUCAGAAAUGGGCCUGCAGACCACACAGUGGCCCAGCCAUGGGGCUUUUUUCCUGAAAUCCUGGCUUGUCAUUUCCCUGGGGCUCUACUCACAAGUGUCAAAACUCCUGGCGUGCCCCAGCGUGUGCCGCUGCGACAGGAACUUUGUCUACUGUAACGAGCGAAGCUUGACCUCAGUGCCUCUUGGGAUCCCGGAGGGCGUAACCGUACUCUACCUCCACAACAACCAAAUUAAUAAUGCUGGAUUUCCUGCAGAACUGCACAACGUCCAGUCAGUGCACACGGUCUACCUGUAUGGCAACCAACUGGAUGAGUUCCCCAUGAACCUUCCCAGGAACGUCCGAAUUCUCCAUCUGCAGGAAAACAAUAUUCAGACCAUUUCACGAGCAGCUCUGGCCCAGCUCUUGAAGCUUGAGGAGCUACACCUGGAUGACAAUUCUAUAUCCACAGUGGGGGUGGAAGACGGGGCCUUCCGGGAGGCUAUUAGCCUCAAGUUGUUGUUUUUAUCCAAGAAUCACCUGAGCAGUGUGCCAGUUGGGCUUCCCGUGGACUUGCAAGAGCUGAGAGUGGAUGAAAACCGAAUUGCUGUCAUCUCAGACAUGGCCUUUCAGAACCUCACGAGCUUGGAGCGUCUGAUUGUGGACGGGAACCUCUUGACCAACAAGGGCAUCGCCGAGGGCACCUUCAGCCAUCUCACCAAGCUCAAGGAAUUUUCAAUCGUGAGGAAUUCGCUCUCCCACCCCCCACCUGAUCUCCCAGGUACGCAUCUGAUCCGGCUCUAUCUGCAGGACAACCAGAUAAACCACAUCCCUUUGACAGCCUUCUCAAAUCUCCGUAAGCUGGAACGGCUGGAUAUAUCCAACAACCAACUGCGCGUGUUGACGCAAGGGGUCUUCGAUAAUCUCUCCAACCUGAAGCAGCUCACUGCUCGGAAUAAUCCUUGGUUUUGUGACUGCAGUAUUAAAUGGGUCACGGAAUGGCUCAAAUACAUCCCUUCAUCUCUCAACGUGCGAGGUUUCAUGUGCCAAGGUCCUGAGCAAGUCCGGGGGAUGGCUGUCAGGGAGUUGAAUAUGAAUCUUCUGUCGUGUCCCACCACGACCCCCGGCCUGCCUCUCUUCACCCCAGCCCCAAGUACAGCUCCCCCGACAACUCAGCUCCCCACACUCUCCGCCCCCACCCCUGGCAGAAGCUAUCCGCCUCCGACGCCGACCGCCUCGAAACUGCCCACGAUUCCUGGCUGGGAUGGCAGAGAAAGAGUGACCCCACCUAUUUCUGAACGGAUCCAGCUGUCGAUCCAUUUCGUGAAUGACACUUGCAUUCAAGUCAGCUGGCUCUCUCUUUUUACUGUGAUGGCAUACAAACUCACCUGGGUGAAAAUGGGCCACAGUUUAGUGGGGGGCAUUGUUCAGGAACGCAUCGUCAGUGGCGAGAAGCAACAUUUGAGCCUGGUCAAUUUGGAGCCCAGAUCCACCUAUCGGAUUUGUUUGGUGCCGCUGGAUGCUUUUAACUACCGAGCCGUAGAAGAUACCAUUUGUUCUGAGGCCACCACCCAUGCCUCCUAUUUGAACAAUGGCAGCAACACUGCUUCCAGCCACGAGCAGACGACUUCCCACAGCAUGGGCUCCCCUUUUCUGCUGGCGGGCCUGAUCGGGGGUGCAGUGAUAUUUGUGCUCGUGGUCUUGCUCAGCGUCUUUUGCUGGCACAUGCACAAAAAGGGGCGCUACACCUCCCAGAAGUGGAAAUACAACCGAGGCCGGCGGAAAGAUGACUACUGUGAGGCGGGCACCAAGAAGGACAAUUCCAUCCUGGAGAUGACAGAAACCAGCUUUCAGAUCGUCUCCUUAAAUAACGAUCAGCUCCUUAAAGGAGAUUUCAGACUGCAGCCCAUUUACACCCCGAAUGGGGGCAUUAAUUACACAGACUGCCAUAUCCCCAAUAAUAUGCGCUAUUGCAACAGCAGUGUCCCAGACCUGGAGCACUGCCAUACGUGACAGCCAGAGGUCCAGCGUUAUCAAGGCGGACAGGAACACUCUUGAGAACUCACACGUGUGUGCACGUAAAGACACGCAAAUUACAUUUGAUAAAUGUUACACAGAUGCAUUUGUGCAUUUGAAUACUCUGUAAUUUAUACGGUGUACUAUAUAAUGGGAUUUAAAACAAAGUGCUAUCUUUUCUAUUUCAAGUUAAUUACAAACAGUUUUGUAACUCUUUGCUUUUUAAAUCUUAAAAAAAAAAAUAGUUGCUGAAGUACUGUACAGGGUUGUACAAAGAGAACCCAACGCCAAGGCAAAAGAACGAGUGAUUCUUCCUUAUGAUGCUCACUAACCACUUUGUUGUCGAAGCUGUCAGAAAAAAUUUCCUUUCCUAGGGCUGGUGGUCAGAGAAGAGGGCAGAUUAAAAUGGACUCAUCAGGGUAGGGCAAAUAAUAGGGGUCAAACAAGAAACGGCCCAGAUAUCUUCCAGCUAUUUCUAUACUUCCUGAUCUGGAAGAAAAGUUAAAAAUUCCAAAAUAUAAGAAAGGAGGUAGCUUACCCUGAUUUGACCCAAAACAGGAAAUGGAGAAAACAUCAUGAGGACGUCAGUUCCUGUGAGAUACAUUAACCCAACCUGGCAGCAUCAAGAAAAUGAGCUGAGCUUUGAAAAGAUCUGUAAACCUGGGGGGUUUGGCUUUCUGACUGGGAACUUAAAAAUCACUCCUUGUGUUUUCCCAGCCCUAUGUGAUAACAGAGUUAGAGACCUGGGCCUGAUUUUAGUCAUCUUCAGGGACAGGAAUGAUGUCCCAGCCAGAAAACUCCCUUUAAAAGUGUUACUGUUCAAAGUAUGUGUCAGGUUGAAUCACAUUCAACAGAGAUAUAUUCUAGAAUACUUUUUUUAGAAGAGGCUAAUAAAAUAAUGGGAAGAUUAUAUUCAAUGGAAUUAUUUUUGAUAAUGAGAAUUAUUUGGGUAGAUUCAUUGCAGCUAUGUCAACAUGAUAUUUAGACCAACAAGGGGUCAAUGUUUGCAAUAUACUAAAACCACUUAUUAUUUAAAAAUUAUUGGUACCAUUUAGACAAAAGCAAGGGAUCAGCGGUUCUGCUAUACUACGUCAACUGCCUUUGUCAGUAUCAUGUUGAAAUAGCUCGAAUUAAUACCUUAUUCCCUCGCAAAUUCUUGUCUUCCAAUCACCUCACAUAUAUUUUCGUAAUUAGCUGUUUAUGCUCCAUUUGUUUUUCUUCCUCCCUCUGCUCAAAAUUUGAAAGAACAUUACAGAUGCCAGUCUUGGUUGCACAAAAUAUCUAUCUACACUCACACACUUUAAAAUGUAUACUAAUUUUCACUGGUGAUAAUUCUGUAAGGACACUUCAAAGCUGGCCGAAAUAAUGUAUUUAAUUUUUUGUUUUAAAGAAGCAAUAUUGCGCUUCCACCUUGGACUGACUUUGAUCCUGUCCUAAUUUUGAAAUUUUAUGUAUUCCUUUUCAAUCUUGGAUGUUCCUCUUCUUUGGGAAUAGGGGAGGGAUCAUCAAUCUUAUAUUAACAGGACACCAGAUGAGAAAUGAACAAGCGAGAGAGCGGGGGUGCGUUGCCCUCAUCUUGGCAGAAUGGGGCACAGAGCAAAGGGCACAGAGAGAAGAGGGAGGGCUGGGCUUCUUUCCAGAGAUUUUUGAAGCGAUGUCAAUCCUCAGAAAGCAUAUAUAAUUUACUCCUUUUCAUCCCUGAGAUGUGGAAGGGCUAUAGAUUACAUACAUUAUCUAAAAAAAAUACACCCUUGGUAAAGGAAAAGUCUUUUCAAAAUCAAAUGUAGGCAUUUCACUCUGUGUUGCCUAUUUCCUUUAUCACUGGUCAUUAUUUUAGGGACCCAUGAAGUUAAUGUCACCAUGGUUUUGGUUCUCUCUCUCUCUCUCUCGCUCUCUCUCUCUCUCUCUCUCUCUCUCUCUCUCUCUCUCAACAAAAUAGAACUGUGAUGUGUCUUCUUUGUAAAAGUUUAGGUAUAAAAUGCUAUGCAAGUUUUUCUUUAUAGUAAGAGCUUUAUUUUCCUUAAUAAUAUACCCCGAACUUAUAUGUUUUAAUCUCCCUUGUCCCUCAGAAUAAGCAGAAACUAUAACUGAAGAUACAAUGUUGUAGACACAAAAAUUGAAACUGUGCAGUCGAGCUGAAAUUAGCUAUGACUUAAUUUGAAUUAAUUCUACAGUGAUUUUGGUUUCCAUUGUAGUCUAUUAGCUAGUGAGUUCUGGCUGUUGCUUUUUUAAAGCUAGGUCCACACAGUGAUGGGAUAAGGCAAGCCGUGAAGGUGGUCAGUGUACCAGUAAGCCAUCUAAAAUUCGGGACAAUGACAUGGGGUUUUGUGUAUUUAACUGGAUAAUUCCCUUCCACUGUCCUCUUCCCCUUGGCUGUGUAGAUAAAACUAUGUGUUCAAAUGAUGGUACUCUGACUUUUGACAGUUUUUUCCCCCUUUUAUCCACAAAAUAUUCUUUCUCAUUUAUUUGUGUUGUGUGUAUAACCCCCAGUGGGAUACUUGGCUGCUGAAAUGUCUGAUCUGGGCCAAGAAGACCAAGGUUGGAGAGGUUUCUGUAAUGUUUUAUGGGAUUCACAGAACUAUUUGGGGCUUAAGUGGUACCAUGGGGACCUAGUCAUGUAAAAUGGUUAGAGUGAUUCAAAAAGGUUCCUUUGCUAGAAGGUGUUCCUAAAGAGAUAGAAUCUAGUGACAGAUUUUAUUUUGACCUUGUGCACAACAUGACAAAGAUGGCUAAAAUGAAAAUCAGUCCUCCAUUUGUCAUAGCAUCCCUGAGGCUCUCACCUACCCCAGGAUAAGAAGCACAUUAUGGGAUUUGUAAUGUCUUCUGUGUCUUAGGAAAACCACUGAACAACCAUCAGUGGUAGAUGAUGCUUUGAUUGCCAUUUUUAGCCAUGAGAAUGUCUUUUGUUCAUACAUCUGCACUAUCUUCGGGCCUUUCUUGCUGGCAUUCUUAUUUAUUUUGAGGUCAAGAUUCAAGGUUGAGGGUGCAGGCCAAGACCAUGAACACAGCCAUCCUCACUGGCUUAUAAAGAACUUGAUGCAGCCUGAGGUGAUCUGAGAUAGUAUGCAGAGGACACUCUGAGAGAAAAAGGCAUAGCCAUGGUCAUACAGAUAUCACUGACCAUUAUUCAUUCCCAGGGUUGUCAUUAAUGCCUACUUGUUUGGAAAGCUGUGUUUGAUCAUGGACAGACCCUGGGCCUUCCUUAAAACCGUCCAAUGUGUUAGCGGCCCGUCACAUGGGACCAUUGCAGGGAGAGACAAGGUGUGUGUUCCCCUGCCUAUUUGCCUUGUGAAACAAGAGGACAACUUUUUACCCUGUGAGAAAUAAUGUGAUUUCUAAUUAUCUGGAUAUUGGGUAAAAUUUAUUAGAUUUCUCCCCCCUCAAGGUAAAAAAAAAAAAAAAGUGUAAUGUGACCAGUCUGGUAAAAUGUAUUCAUGAAGUAGCUAACAUUAUUGCUCCAUUUCCUACUAGUGCAGAUCAUAAUGGCCUGAGUCAUUUCACAGGAGUCAAGAAUUUCCUUCCCCACCAAGGAGGACAUGCUCUUCAUAUUGUUAGCAGAGCAUCCAUUCUAAACACAAGGCGAUACUGUUGUAACCCACAGGGGGCAGACGCGGCCUCGGCCAGCCAACCUUAGCUGCGGAGCCUAUUGCAACUUUUGACAGUGAAGUGGUUAAUUUCCAUUGAUGUCUUUGCUUAUAGCAUUUUCCUCUAAUCUAGGACAAGGAGACAUUAUGUUUUGCUUUAGAACGUGAGAAUAACAGUUUUGCUCAUGAUGUAUAUUUCCAGCUGCGUGAGAAAGCAAAGCAGAAAAGAGUGCCCAAAUGGGAAAGAGAUACAUACAUACACAAAACAAGCAAACAAAAAACCCCUUCUAGUUCUUAGUCUUGUCAAAUCUUGCCAAUGCUCUCUUUUUUUUUUUUUUUAAAGUCAAAAUGCUAACUUAGGAAGCUCUAGCUUACCUCCUCUAAUUUCGUCAGGAAGGUCGAAUUAUUGUACAAUUGUUGGCGAUGGGGGAUGCUUGUCACUGAUUGUGGGGAGAAAAUUUUGUACGCAUAUGAUACUGUUGUUAUAACACACAAUUCAGAUGAUUUUGCUAAAGUUGUUGUUUUUCUAGCAGCACACUCACCAGAAGAGCACAAAGCAAGGCCAUCGCAGCAGGCAUUUUUAAACUAGUGUAAAACACGUGCGUGUACACACACACACACACACACACACACACACACACAAACAUGCACACUGGGGCAUUUGUAAAGAUAUCUAUGGGAUGUAAGAUUUAUAACCUUUUCAAAGCAAGGUGAAGAAAGCAUUGCCACUGUGUGUCCCUCCUAGGACCAGUAUGUCUUCACUGAAAGUUAAUCCUCAUGAUUUGUUAUUGUUUGAACCAUAUGUUGAUUUGCUUCCGGUUUGUGUUGAGUGCGUUCUCGCUGACAAGGGACUGCAAGGGGCUGGAAGGUCCGGCAUCACACACCCUCUGAGACCUACCAUGUCACACACGUUGUUAACUACAAAUUUCACUCUACACUAUACAGUACCUUGUUGAUAUAUUCAGUAAAGGCUUAUUUUAAAAGAAAACCACAUUGUGUUUAUCUGAAUAAGUUUUUUGGGUUAUAGCCAAUACUUGUUAGUGUGAAAGAGAAAUGAGAGAUGCAGGAGGAUGGUAAGAAUGAAGGAUUUUUCAUUUUGUCUCACCUUGAAGACUUCGGUGUUUUAAGACCAUCUAACCCUUUUCAUGUGAGGGAUUUAUAUGAAAUCUUCGUGUCCCCACUAAAUUCUUUGUUCCUAUGAAUAUCUUUUAAAUAUGCACACAUACAUGGAGCAUGUUAUUUUGUAUUCAUGAAAUAUAUAUUGUUUAGGAUAUAAAUAUCAAUGUAGUUAUCUAAUCAGAAUAGUCUUUUUAUCCUAUUUCAUAAUAUAGACUAGUAUUGAUUUUAAAUGUCAAUUUUCCUAAAGAAUUCUUAUGGUCUUUUUCAACUUCGGAAUUUUUUUAUAGGUCAUGAACCCAUACUUUUAAAAAACGUUCAUGAAAUAGUACCUAUUCAAGUUCAGCUCUGGAUUAAUCUCAUGAUUUUCCAGAACCCCUUUUCCUAUCCCCCUUGGCCAUUUUACUAAUAAUAUAUUUGACAGAGAUUGAAUUAGGAAAUAAAAUCAUGACAUUUCAGUUAACUAAUAUUAAUUAUUUGUAGAAUCUCUGUUGGAAAAUUAACUAUGGAAGAGAGUAGUAACAGGUGAGUCAUGUUACACUUGGGAGAUCUCAUGUAAAAUAAUGUCCAUGCAUUUUUUUGUUACUUUUGCCAAGAAUUGCAGACCUUAUUCUAUAAAGACUGGACCUUUAGUCAAAGAAGUUUAUUAAACUCCUACUCUGUUCCAGCCAUUUGGCUGAGUUCAGAGGUCUCAUAGAUGAAUAAAAUACGUAUAGUCUUAGCCAACUCAAGCAUACUUUGUACUCUACAGUGUUCCUAAAGAAAUUUGUUUCUUCUCAAUGUAUUUCCUCCUCAUCCAGUUUCUACAGAGGACUAUCAUAGGGUCUACUAGGGAUUCAGAGAAAACUAUGACUCCACUGCUGAGGAGCUUACAGAUUGUGUAAUAAACUCAUGAUUUAACACAUUCUAGAGUCUCAGAGCCCAUGCAAUGACUUAACAUUUUCUCUCAUUAAAUUCAACAGAGUAUCUGAAGUAACAAAAGAGACAUACAUACUUGUUGGUAAAUUUGAUGACGCAUCUGUUGUAUGUAUUAGACCAUCUUGGUGUUCAAUAGAUGAAACCGUGAUAGUGCAUUGAUAAAAUCAGAACUCAAUUUGAAUUAAAAUUUCAAAUUUAUACCAAGUAAUUGAAAAUGUAAGAAUUGUAUUUUGUAAUUACACAGACAACCUCUUAAAUUUCUAUUGUGCCCCAGAAUGGGAAUCUAUCAAAAAUAAUAAUAAUGGCACGUGACAGUUACUGAGCACCUACGUGUAUGUAAGACUGUAUUCCAAAUGCUUUGAUACACUUGAUUGCAUCCUGUAAGGCACACUCUCUUAAUUUUUCAGAUUUUCAAGCUCAGCUUCCUGAGCAGUGAAGUGAUUGGUCCCUAAUUACAAAACCUGUAAAUGGCAGAGUCAGGAAUUAACCCCAAGCAUGACACCAUGGAUUCUUCACUGUUUUCUUGCCUGUUAAUAAAUUGACUAGACUUAA